AUGUCGCUCCCUUCGAGAUCACUCCCUGGCUCAAUGCGCCAACCCUCGAUUGCGGGAAGCUCAGGGCCAGGACAAUCCCCCGCUCUUGUUGCGCGCGUCAACGAGAAAAAGGCCGAACUUGAGCAUCUCAAAGAACUCCGCGACCUGAGCGCCGCCGUGGCCACGCAGAUGGAGGCUCUGGAAAAAAAGUUGGGCACGCUUUCGGAUGGAACAGAGGCUAUCGCUGUCGUGAUGGGAAACUGGCACAACGUAUUGCGCGCUAUCAAUAUGGCAUCUGCAAAACUCCCCAAGCCAUCAUCUAAUGACGACCAAGAUCACACUGAGAUCAGGGCUGAUAGUCCACCUGUGCCUCUGCCUCAAACGCUCGUCAGAAUACCCACAGAGCAUGCGCCAGCUCUGCAUGCGCAAACUGAGGAAGCUGGAGAAACCGAUGAGUGA